GAUCAGUUUAGCGUUGUAAGCGAAAAGCUAUUUGAUCGUGUAUUCGUACAUAUACAUAUAGGUGGGUGUUGAAGGGAGGAAGAACUAAAGCGGAAUCAUGUCAGCAGCCGAACCGGAAAUGAUAGCUGGAUCCGUUGCAUCUGCAACGUCUACCGGCUUGUCGGCAUCUACCGUUUUCCUGGCCCUUCUUGUACCCGCUUUGGUUCUUUAUUACAUCUACUUCAGGAUUUCACGUCGUCACAUGAUCGAAUUGGCAGAACAAAUACCGGGUCCAGACGGUCUGCCGUUGAUUGGAAACGCAUUAAUGUUUUUAGGAAAUUCGGAUACCAUAUUUCGUACUUUGUACAGAAAGUCCUUCGAGUUCGAUCAGAUCAUCAAGAUUUGGCUCGGACCGAAGCUGCUGGUUUUCCUGAUGGACCCGCGCGACGUCGAGGUCAUCCUGUCCAGCCACGUCUACAUCGACAAAUCCACCGAGUAUCGAUUCUUUCAACCCUGGCUCGGAAACGGUCUUCUCAUUUCUACCGGUCCGAAAUGGCGUGCCCAUCGCAAAUUGAUCGCACCGACGUUCCAUUUGAAUGUAUUAAAGAGCUUUAUCGAUCUCUUCAAUGCCAAUUCGCGCGCUGUAGUAGAGCGAAUGCGUAAAGAAGGCGAUAAGGAGUUCGAUUGCCAUGAUUAUAUGUCCGAAUGCACCGUCGAGAUCCUUCUCGAGACCGCCAUGGGUGUCUCCAAGAACACGCAAGACCGAAGCGGCUUCGAAUAUGCCAUGGCUGUUAUGAAGAUGUGCGACAUCCUUCAUCUGCGUCACACGAAAGUCUGGCUCAGACCCGACUGGCUGUUCAAUCUCACGAAAUAUGGAAAGGAUCAAAUCCGCUUGUUGGAAAUCAUCCACGGGCUCACAAAGAAAGUCAUAGCGCGUAAGAAGCAAGAGUACAAGAGCGGCAAGCGCAAUGUCAUCGAUGCCUCCGGACAAAAUGGCAACGCGAAAACGAACGGCAAAAGCACCUCUGUGGAGGGACUUUCCUUCGGACAGGCGGCCGGUCUGAAAGAUGAUCUCGAUGUGGACGACAAUGACGUUGGCGAGAAGAAGAGACAAGCUUUCCUCGAUCUCUUGAUGGAAGCCGGUCAGAACGGUUCUAUUUUAACAGAUGACGAAGUCAAAGAACAGGUCGACACCAUUAUGUUUGAGGGGCACGACACGACCGCGGCUGCGUCCAGUUUCUUCCUGUCGAUAAUGGGCUGUCAUCCGGACAUUCAGGAAAAAGUUAUCCAGGAACUCGACGAAAUCUUUGGCGACAGUGAUAGACCAGUGAAUUUCCAAGACACGCUGGAGAUGAAAUAUCUCGAGCGAUGCCUCAUGGAGACUCUUCGUUUGUUCCCACCCGUGCCGAUUAUCGCGCGAAAAAUCAACACCGACUUGAAACUCGUAUCGGGAGAUUACACAAUCCCAGCUGGGACUACGGUAGUAGUGACGACCUUCAAGAUGCAUCGACAGCCACACAUCUAUCCGAAUCCGGAAGUUUUCAACCCCGAUAAUUUCCUACCGGAAAAGACUGCCAACCGGCAUUAUUACGCUUUCGUGCCGUUCUCUGCUGGACCGCGUUCGUGUGUAGGCCGCAAAUACGCUAUGCUCAAAUUGAAGAUCAUUCUGUCCACAAUUUUAAGGAACUUCCGCAUCAAGUCGGACAUCAAGGAAUCUGAUUUCAGACUACAGGCUGAUAUUAUCCUCAAGCGCGCGGAAGGUUUCAAGAUCAGGUUGGAACCGAGAGAACGAGCGACCGCCACGGCCUAGAAAAGCGUCCCUCCGGUUUUCGGACACAUUUGUGUCGAGUAGUUGGAUGGCAUACAGAAAUAUUUCUUAAGAUUUACUAAAUUUUCUUUAAUCCAGACAAAUUUAUUGUUUGGAAUGAUCCAAUUAAUUCAUUGUAUGAGUUAACAAUUGUUUGACUUUUUAAUAAAUAUUCUUACAUAAAAGAAAA